GGGGGCGUGGCCUGGGAGCGUCGGGGCCGCGCGCGGAGAGCGGAGGCCCCCCCAUGGCGGAGACGCUGCAGAAGAAGCUCCAGGGGGAGCUGGAGAAAUAUCAGCAGUUACAAAAAGAGCUGGGCCGGGCGGUGGCGGCGCGGCAGAAACUGGAGACGCAGCUGACGGAGAACAACAUCGUGCAGGAGGAGCUGAACCUUCUGGAUGAUUCCAACACCAUUUUUAAGCUUUUGGGCCCCGUUUUGGUGAAGCAGGAGCUGGAGGAGGCCAAAAACACCGUGGGAAAACGGCUGGAAUACAUCUCCGGGGAAAUGAAACGCUACGAGCAGCAGAUGCAGGAUCUGGAGCGGCGCUCGGAGCAGCAGCGGGAGGUGCUGGGGAAACUCCAGCAGGAAUUGCAAGCUAAACCCUGAACACCCCAAAAUUUUUUGGGAACAACCCCUCGUUCCCAAAAAAAAAAAAAAAUCCUUGGAUUCCCCAGAUUCCCAAAAAAAAUUCCCAUUAAAUCCCACCAAACCGA